AUGCUGCGUCUAGCUCUCCUCGCCUUGGCCGCUGUCGCCUGCUCGUACGCCAAGCCCACCCCUCCGGCUGGCGUCUAUAACAUUGGCGAUCUCGUCAACGUCACCCUCGGCACGUUCGACGUCAAGAAGUUCAAGGCGCCGGAAUUCUUCCCCAAGGAGCUUUAUGACGAGUUCACCCCCGGCUUCAAGACGUUCCUCGAGGCGUUCGACACUGAUGAGGUCCGAGCUGUGAAAAAGGUCUGGGAGUACCUGAAGACCACGACCGACUCUAGUGAUCAACUCAUGGAAAAGUCACUCGAAAUCCUGGGAAAAGAGAGCUUGUACAUCGGAGCAAAGGCGAUCAUCUUCAUGCAGGACCACACGAGCCGAUAUGAAAAGCUGCCCGAGGAAGCCCAGAACUACUUUAACUGGGACAUGAUCGACGAUUCCGAAGACGCUGAGGAUGAUGAGGACCUGAUCGUGGAGAUGAAACUGUGGGCGGAUGCGAUGACGACCGGCUACAACAAGCUGUCGCAGCCUUCAAAAGACUCGCUUAAGGAGAACUUCCCCUACUUCCAGAAGUACUUGUCUGACAAGCCCAAGCUCGUCAAGGCCUUCCAAGUGAUCGUCGACUGGCUGAAGAAGCACAGCACCAAGACGGGAACCCAGAGCUACCGUCUUGACCUGACCCUA